GAAUCAUUUUGGUUCCUGAGAAAGUUAUAUUUGGAUAUUUCUCCCAUUUAAAACGCAUUUUUCCCAUCGAGUCAGCAGUUUUAAUACAACUGGCAGUUGCUCCACAUCAGAAUUGCAGCAGUUAAUAUAUUAUAUAUAAUUUACGUACGGAUUUCAAGUGCUACGCCAUCAAUAUCAAUCAAUAGAAUUAAGUUUAGAGCUAAAAAAAAACACAAUCGAACAUUGUGAAAAUGUAUGGCAUUGAUAAUUACCCCAAAAAUUAUCAUGCGAGUGGCAUUGGGCUAGUCAAUUUGGCGGCCUUGGGCUAUAGCAAGAAUGAAGUCAGCAGCAAUAGCGAUGGAGCGCCGCAGAGCAAGCCAAAGGCAGGCUUGUACCCCUCGCUGCCCUAUCCAGCAUCGGAAUCCGUGGGCGGAAUGCCAUAUGUGACAAAGCAGACGAUUCCAUCACAGAAUGCCUCCUUUCCGGGCAUGGGCGUGGGAAUGCCAAGCGCCCCGUAUCCCAGUGCCGCACCAUACCCCGGCUCGAAUUUGUACCCAAGUUUACCAACAUCUUCAUCAUCAUCACUGCCAUAUCCGGCAGCUCCACUGGCCCCUUAUCCCAGUAAUAUGCCCUAUCCAAGCAUGCCACAACCGGGAUUACCAUAUCCAUCAGCGCCGUUAGCUCCAUAUCCAUCAGCAAUGCCGGCUUUUCCCAGUAUGCCAAUGCCGUAUGCACCCAUGCCAACACCAGUAAGUCCAGCACCGCAGUCAGCUGGCUUUCCGGCAUUGCCAUAUCCAUCGGCACCGCCACCAGCAAGUGCACCGACGGCUGAGGAGGAGCCCUCAGUGGGCAUUGCCGAAUUGACAUUCACCAGUGUGAAAGUGCCGGAAAAUCAGAACAUGUUCUGGAUGGGUCGCAAGGCAACCAGCACACGGCCAAUCAGUCAAAGUUCCGGCGGAGCAGUUGGAUUUGAAACUCUGCGCGAUUCGUGCGUAUCCAAUGGCACAAUGUUCGAAGAUCCCGAUUUUCCGGCAAAUAACUCGUCGCUGAUGUACUCGCGACGUCCCGAUCGCUACAUCGAAUGGCUCCGGCCCGGUGACAUUGUGGAUGAUCCUCAAUUCUUUGUCGAGGGCUACUCCCGUUUCGAUGUGCAGCAGGGCGAAUUGGGUGACUGUUGGCUUCUAGCGGCCGCUGCCAAUUUGACACAAGACUCCAAGCUAUUCUUCCGUGUCAUCCCACCAGAUCAGGACUUCCAAGAGAACUAUGCCGGCAUCUUCCACUUCAAGUUUUGGCAAUACGGCAAGUGGGUGGAGGUAGUCAUUGAUGAUCGUUUGCCCACCUAUCAUGGGGAACUGAUCUACAUGCAUUCCACGGAGAAGAAUGAGUUCUGGAGCGCACUGCUGGAAAAGGCCUAUGCCAAGUUGCAUGGAUCCUAUGAGGCUCUCAAGGGUGGAACCACAUGUGAGGCCAUGGAGGACUUUACUGGUGGUGUUACGGAAUGGUAUGAUAUUAAGGAGGCGCCACCAAACCUAUUCAGCAUUAUGAUAAAGGCAGCCGAGCGUGGAUCAAUGAUGGGCUGCUCCCUGGAACCAGAUCCAAAUGUGCUGGAGGCAGAAACGCACGAAGGCCUCAUUCGAGGACAUGCCUACUCGAUAACCAAGGUGUGUUUGAUGGAUAUUUCGACGCCAAAUCGUCAGGGUAAAUUGCCCAUGAUACGUAUGAGAAAUCCGUGGGGCAACGAUGCCGAAUGGAAUGGACCAUGGAGCGAUAGUUCAGCUGAAUGGCGUUUCAUUCCCGAACACCAAAAGGAGGCGAUCGGUUUGAACUUUGAUCGUGAUGGCGAGUUCUGGAUGUCAUUCCAGGAUUUCCUCAAUCAUUUCGAUCGUGUGGAAAUUUGCAAUUUGUCCCCGGAUUCGCUGACCGAGGAUCAACAGCAGAGUUCACGCCGUAAAUGGGAAAUGUCAAUGUUUGAGGGCGAAUGGACCUCCGGAGUAACGGCUGGAGGAUGUCGUAACUUCUUAGAGACCUUCUGGCACAAUCCACAAUACAUAAUUUCGCUAGAGGAUCCCGACGAGGAGGAUGACGAUGGCAAGUGUACGGUUAUAGUGGCACUAAUGCAAAAGAACCGACGCAGCAAACGCAAUGUGGGCAUUGAUUGUCUUACAAUUGGUUUUGCCAUCUACCAUCUCACAGACAGGGAUCUGCAGGUGAAACCGCAAGGUCUGAACUUCUUUAAAUAUCGCGCCUCUGUGGCUCGUUCACCUCAUUUUAUAAACACGCGCGAGGUGUGUGCCCGGUUCAAGCUACCGCCUGGACAUUAUCUCAUUGUGCCCUCAACCUUCGAUCCCAACGAGGAGGGCGAGUUCAUUAUACGUGUCUUCUCGGAGACAAUGAACAACAUGGAGGAGAACGACGAUGAGGUGGGCUUCGGCGAGACAGACGAUCGCAUUGCUCCGGCCUUGCCGCCGCCAACACCCAAAGAGGAGGACGAUCCACAGCGCAUUGCCCUGCGUCGUCUGUUCGACAGCGUUGCAGGCAGCGACGAAGAGGUGGAUUGGCAGGAAUUGAAGCGUAUUCUGGAUCAUUCGAUGCGUGAUGUGAUGGUUGGCGGCGAUGGCUUCUCCAAGGAUGCGGUACGCUCAAUGGUUGCCAUGCUGGACAAGGACCGUUCCGGUCGCUUGGGAUUCGAGGAGUUUGAAGCUCUGCUUACCGACAUUGCCAAAUGGCGGGCAGUCUUCAAGCUGUACGAUACCCGACGUUCCGGCAGCAUUGAAGGCUUCCAUUUGCGUGGUGCCCUCAACUCGGCUGGCUAUCACCUGAACAAUCGUCUGCUGAAUGCCUUGGCGCAUCGCUAUGGCUCGCGGGAGGGUCAAGUUCCGUUCGAUGAUUUCCUUAUGUGCGCCAUUAAGGUGAAGACUUUCAUCGAGAUGUUCCGGGAACGCGAUACGGACAAUUCAGAUACAGCCUUCUUUAAUCUGGACGAUUGGCUCGAGCGUACCAUAUACUCGUAAACGAGUUGCAGAUGACUUUAAGUGAAACUAAUCUAAUCCUAAGUGCCACAUCUACUUAAAUCGAAAUAGAAAUACUAAAGAACAAGAAAAUUGAAAAUGAUAAGCCAGGCGAAGGAAGCAUUAAGAAGAUUUGGAUAUUAAGUCUCCACUCUAAACACGCCGUUACCUUAUCAGAAUGUGCAAAAACCGGAAACACAAAAUCAUGUGCAGUAAUAGAAUUGACCUUGGAUGUGACUCUAGGCGUCGGCCAAAUACGAUAAAAACCUGAAAAAUCCACACAAAUGCCGCUCUCUUUGUGUGCCCCAACACAUACAUACGUACAUACAUAUGUAUGGACAUCUAAUGUAUAAACAUAUAUAUGUAUGUAUGUUUAGAGCUCUUUGCUCAUCAUAUGAUAGCUGCUGGAACAAUAAUGAUGAUGACUAAGAGCUAGACACCUUUUCCCUUCCCCCUCCCCAUCAUCAUCAGCAUCGGCAUCGGCAUCAACAUCACAAACAUUUUUCUAAGCAUUCGCUAGAGCCGAGAGUCAAGAGCCAAAUGAAAACAGCCAGUACAAAACGAAAUGUGCAUUAUUAACCAUAUAUAAAUAUGUACCUUUAUAUAUACAUAUAUAAAUACAUUGCAAAUGCUACAAAAUGCUCGCAUAUAAGUACUACACACUCAUCAUCUAUAUAAACAAAUGAUUAUUUUAUACAAUCUUAUAUAUAUUUGUAUAUGCAAUCUCACUCUA